AUGGAUAUAAAUGCUGAAUAUAAAAUUUUAAAUUUGUACGUAACAAGACAAUACAAUGAAUGCUUAAUAUUAUGCAAUACAGCAUUAAAGAACGAAAGUAAUCGCAUGAUAGAGUUUAUUCGAAUGCGUGCUAUGACUGUUCUAGCAAAAAUAGCUGGUAAUGGAUACGAAGAGGUGAACUAUUUCCCACAAUUAAAUGAUUGGGCAACAACCUCGGUAGCGAAAACACCACGACCUGGAACAACAUUUCUAAGAGUGGUCAAAACAGCACAGAGUAUACAUACAGUAACACCCUUAACAGCCACAUUGAUACCUAGAGCUGGUACAGCUCGCAAUCGCACCGCACUCCAAACGGCAUCGCGAGCCUCCCGAGCUGCCACUGCUCUGGCUGGGGGCACUUCUUUUGAUGUCGAUGCGCCAGUUACAUUAAGAUUAAUAGACAGAGAUGACAAGCUAUUCAUCCCAGCAUCGAAAACUCUUUUUGAAUACAUAUAUUAUUGUGAGAGCAACGUGCGUAAGGCCAUGGAUGUGGCGUUUCAAGCAGUAAAAGUAGAUGACACAACCGACUGGUGGUGGAACUUUUCUCUCGCUCGAUGUUACGAAUCUCUAGGAAUGUUUAGAAAUGUAGAGGAAUGCUUACGACAAGCACUCAAACAGAACAAACAUGUAACAAUAUAUUUACGUUUGAUGGCUAUGUAUGUAAGUCUUAAUCAGCCUCUUUCAGCCUUAGAAGUUUGUAAACAAGGUCUCUUAGUAUUUCACGUGAAUACGUCUUUAUUAUUGGAACAAGCCCGUAUACACGAACAUAUGGGCAACCUUGCUGUUGCAGUAAAAUAUUACCGUAUCGUAGCGACUGAAGAUCCUUCUAAUAUCGAGGCGAUCGCAAAUAUCGCUAUGCACAAUUUUUAUAAUGAUCAACCGGAAAUAGCAUUAAGAUAUUACAGGAGGUUGUUAGCAAUUAAUCCUCCAGGCCCUGAGAUAUAUAAUAAUCUCGGUCUCUGCUGUCUUUACUGUAAUCAAUGGGAUCUGACGCUGCCAUGCUUCAGGCAGGCGCUAUAUUUCGCUGCGAAUCCAGAAACAUGUUCUAAUAUUUGGUUUAAUUUAGCUCACGUAGCAUUGUCAACCGGAGAUAUGAAUCUAGCUCGUCGCUGUCUCCUGGCGAGCGUCUCGAUUUCUGAGCACGGACCCGCUCGUCGAGCUCUACGGGCCUUAGACUUGCGAGCACGGAAUACCAUUAAUAUUAAGUGA